GAACAUUGGCCAACCUUCGCUUUAGAGGAAGAGAAGCGACGGUGCGAGGGAAGAGAGAGCAGAGUUAUCAAAACCCACACAGUCUUCGUGUCCUGUGUCGGCGUUCGAUGAAAGGUGAUGGUUCUGACCCAAUCAUCUUCAGCUGGGGUGGAUGGACUAACUGCUGGAUGACAACACGAACACGGUCUGUUGUGAGCUGCUGGUUCAUCGGUCAAGGAUUAGAUGGAGGAGGCAGCAGAGACUGCACAGCUGAGGCAACCAAAGGUUCAGGAUGGUGGUACCCCAGUCCGGCACUCAGAAACCAAGCGUUACAGUGAGAUAUUACGUGAUUUUGACGCUAACUUGGAUCUCUCAUUGACAUGCUCGACUGUGGAUGAGCUGCUACUAGAAGCAGACUCGCUGUCUUUAACAGACACUUCAGCAGACACCACGCUCAACGCUGAUCUGGAUGAUAUUACAGGUGAAGAUGUGGAGUCGUUGAAGAUCUGCCGUGAAGAGGAGGAAAAAGACGGAGCUGUCACCGCCCAGGAUGCCGACCUGACCCUGUGUCGCUGCGAGGGCGGCGUGGAGCUCGCCCUCCAGUACGCCAAAAUGUGGUGCCGUUACGCCAAAGACCUCCUGACCUGGAUGGACAAAAGAAUCAGCCUGGAGCAAGAGUUCGCAAAGAGUAUUAUGAGAGCAGCAGAUGCGGCCAAGUCAUGCGUCGCUCAACAGGACAUGAUGCCUCUGCAGAUCAUCUACACACAGGCUCUGGAACAUGAUAUCAAAAGCAGCACAUCAGCCAAACAAACAGCUGAACUCAUUCAGCAGCGCUGCUACCAGGCUCUGUCAGCCAAGAAGAACGAAAUCGACAAGUGGCGACGGGAAUUCAAAGAGCAGUGGUCAAAAGAGCAGAAGAGGAUGAAUGAUGCAGUGUCUGCGCUGAAGAGAGCAAGACAGCAAUACCUGCAGCGCUGUGAGGAGCUGGAGAAGGCCAAAGCCAUGACGGCCAAAGCUGAAGAGGACACAGGGGGUUACAAAACCCUGGACAAGAGGAGGAAGUCCAGAGAUGACGCCCAAACCAAGGUUACAGAGACCGAGAUGCUCUACAGGCAGUGUGUGUGCGAAGCGAACAACCAUCAAAAAGAGCUGGAUAAGGUGAAGCGCAAAAUCAUUGUCCACAUUCGCAAGCUCAUCUGCCAAGGAGACACUGUGCUAAAAGAGGCAACGGUGAACAUGUUUUAUUACCAGCGGCAGCAGACCGAGCAGGUUCCUCUGGGCUACCAGAACUUAGAACUGACCUGCAGGCCCUGCGAUCCAGGAGAACCCUACCUGCACUACAUCCUGGGGAAGAACCUGCCCGAACAACCUCUCCAGAACUUCAUAUUUCAGGAGUUCACCCCCCAGAACAAGAGAUCCCCACCGACAGGUCGACGUAAACAGAGCACUGCUCUGAGUUAUCAACAAGAUUCGUACGUGUUACCAGAGGAACUGAAACACAGCAGCAGUUUAGUAGAUGGACGACGCCCCGGUCACAGCGACAGAGACAGCACCGGAGGAAGUCUUGAGUCGCUGUCCAGUCCAGCUUAUGGGAACCGUAAGCUGCCCAAGGCCUCCUCCACGGGAACCAUGUCUUCAGAUGAUCUUGAUGAGAAAGACUCUCUGCAAGAAGCAGAGAGCGAAGAGGGUUUGUCUGACAGCAACGGGAUGACCUGCAAACCACGAAAUGCGCCCCGUGCCGCACUGACUCACAGACUGAAAAAAAUGAAGAGCAAGAUGGUCAAGUGUAAGCAAUGUGACAAUUACAUCCUGGUCAACGGGAUUGAGUGCGAAGAGUGUGGCCUUGCAGUCCACAGGAAGUGCCUGGAGGUGUGCCAGUUGGAGUGCGAGCACCGGAGAGGCUUCAUCUUUGGGAUGGAGUUCUCCCUGCUGCCCCGGGAGAGCCAGGACUCUGUGCCCUUCGUAGUCCUGCGCUGCACGGAAGAGAUUGAGAACAGGGCUCUCGGAGUCCAGGGGGUUUACAGAAUCAGUGGAUCCAAACCUCGCAUUCUGAAGUUAUGUCAGGCUUUCGAAAUUCAGAAAGACCAAGUUGACCUUAGUGACCUCUCGCCUCAUGACAUCAGUUCCGUACUCAAGCAUUUCUUCAAAGAGCUUCCAGAGCCGUUGCUCACCUUUGACCUUUACAACGACUUCAUCGGUGUGGGCAAGGAGAUUCAGAGGCUUAGUGAAAAGGACCACGCAUCCGAGACUGCUGGGAUUGUGACGAGCACUGUGGCCAAACUCAAAGAGCUCAUCGGACGACUGCCUCUGUGUAACUACAACGCAGUGCAGCACAUGAUGGCCCACUUGAACAGGGUUGCAGAACAUUAUGAGGACAACAAGAUGUCUCCAGGAAACCUCGGCAUUGUGUUCGGCCCCACUCUCCUGCGGCCCCUGGUGUCAGGAGACGUGUCUAUGAUUGCUCUGCUGGAAACCAGCUACCAGGCUCUUCUCGUGGAGUUUAUGAUCUCAAACUACGAGCACAUAUUCGGUCCCGCCACGAGAUCCAGCACGCCUCCUCCACCGCCUCCCACGGCACCGCUCCCAGACACCCCUCCUCCCAGAGCCUCGUGUCCCUCUCAGGACCCCGAAGCCACGGGCAGGGAGCGUCCGCGCUCUCUGGAGUCCUGGCUCUGA